AUGAGCGCCAACCACCGUCCCGUCCUCGUCCUCCAGCCAUCCGUAAACACAACCGUAGUGACGACAACCACGACCACGACCACGACCUACGCGCCGAUUCAGCUUCCUCCACUACCCCCACCAUCUACCCCUCAAGAUCCCAAGAAUUAUCCCCUUCUUCAUGCCAAUCUACCCAAAUCGCUACGGAAUUUUCCCCUUCUCUUUCCCAAUGGAACGCGUGCCACCUUUCGCGACGGUGAGGGCGGAGACGAAGAUAUGCAGGAGGAACAGGAGGUAGUGUCAGGGGUUGGCUGGCGCAUGCUUAAAAGAGAUGAAGGGUUGCAAGAAACCAACAUUGUUGGGCUUGCUGAGGCUGUUGAGCGGUACGGCAAGAAACGGUCGCACAAUUCGGACAGCAUGAUGGAGGGAAUUGAGGUGUUGUCGGAUUCUAGUGCCACGGUAGCGCCUCCGCGGAAGAAAGCACGGCCAGCACCUCAGCUGCCCCCAAUCUCGACAGUUAACGUCAAUGCCGCAGCGCCGCCGUCCCCUCUGCCCUCGCCUCAUGGAUCACCGCCCCCCGAGCCGGUCUGGAUGUCCGCGACCCCCGGUGAUUCAUCGCCUCUACCUCACGCUCCCCUCCAGCCGGAUUUAGCUCUCACCACUCUGCUAACGCUACCUUCCUUGCUUUCACAUUUCACUGCACUUCCACCACCUCUUCAGAGUCACUUCCUUCUAACGCUUCUACGUCACUCUCCCCUCCCGGUUCUCCGUACCCUCCAUUCCGUCCUAACUCCGACCCUCGCCCGCGACUUUCUAACUCUACUCCCACCCGAACUCGUAUCCCACAUCCUGAGCUACCUUCCAUUCUCAACACUCGCUCGCGCUUCCCGUGUAUCAAGAUCUUGGAGAGCCAUUAUCGAUUCAGAUCCAGUUCUCUGGCGCGACCUCCUCAAGAGCACCAAGAUCUGGUUCGGGGGUGAAUCCGAAGACGCCUUCGCCAACUCCAUCUACGCACGCAGACGACACGCACAGCGGACUCAACCUUCCAUACCUAACCCCCUUCCCCUCCCUCAUCCAUACAAGAUGCUCUUCAAGUCGAGGCAUUUAACUCGCACACGCUGGGUAAACAACCCCGAUCCUAAACACAUCUCUUUCCCCGCGCACGGUUCAUCUGUCGUCACAUGCCUCAUCUUCUCUCACGGCCGCAUUAUUUCGGCCUCGGACGACCACUCUAUCCAUGUCUAUUCGCCCGUCACUGGAGAGCUCUUGCGGUCUCUCCAGGGACACGAAGGCGGUGUAUGGGCUUUGGCAGCGUGUCAAGAUACGUUGGUCAGUGGGUCAACGGAUCGCACGGUCCGGAUUUGGGAUCUCGCAACAGGGAGAUGCACGCAUGUAUUCGGUGGCCAUACCAGCACAGUGCGAUGCCUGUCUAUUGUCAAGCCAGAAUUAAUCGAUGUCGAACGCGAUGGUGUUAUAGUCAAGGAAAAGUGGCCCAAACGACCGUUGAUAGUGACCGGCAGUCGUGAUCACUCGUUAAGAGUCUGGACUCUACCUCGUCCUGGUGAAGCCGAGUUCAGGUGCUUUGGUCCUGACGAGACAGAGGUCGAUUUGGCGGAAGUCUGUGAUGCAGAAGAGAACCCUUACCACCGCAAACAUUUAGAAGGUCAUGAUCAUGCCGUUAGGGCAUUAGCCGCCAGAGGUCGGACCCUAGUCUCAGGGAGCUACGACUGCAUGGUUCGCAUAUGGGAUAUCAUCACUGGAGAGUGUAAAUGGGUGCUCGUUGGGCACACCCAGAAAGUCUACAGCGUUGUCCUCGAUCUGGGUCGAAACCAAGCCUGCUCAGGCUCGAUGGACGGAACCGUGCGCGUCUGGAACCUGGAAAACGGCCAGUGUCAGCACACGCUUACCGGGCACACGUCGCUGGUUGGGCUUCUUGGUCUCUCGCCCUCGUAUCUGGUGUCCGCAGCAGCGGAUUCCACCCUCCGCGUUUGGGAUCCUGAUACUGGCGAACUUCGCCACACUCUCGCGGCGCAUACAGGUGCCAUUACGUGUUUCCAGCAUGAUGAAUUCAAGGUGCUCAGUGGAUCGGAUGGGAACCUGAAGAUGUGGAACAUUCGCGAUGGGACGAUCGUGCGAGACCUGCUUACCGGCAUCACAGGCGUGUGGCAAGUCGUCUUUGAAGGACGGUGGUGUGUCGCCGCCAGCAACCGGAACGACACCACCGUGCUGGACGUGUGGGACUUUGGGAACGAGGAUGAUGACGACUGGCUUGGAGAGCCGUCUGGGGGGCAGUAUGACGAUGAUAUCUUCAGUGACGACGGCGACGAGGACGAGGAUGAGCCCAAGUUCAAGAUGCGCGGCGUUGUCGAGGAAGAUGAUGCCCAAGAACAGGCCGAUGUUGAUGCGAUGGACCAAGACCUUAUACCGUCAGAGACAGAAUCGGUCGUGGAAUAUGAAUGGGAGGACGACGAUCAUCGACGCAGCCGAGGGCCAGCAGGUGAUGGCGACGUGGAGAUCAAGGACGGCACCCGCCGCGGUGGGCGGCGGCGGACGACGACAACUCGAGCAUCGCAGAAGGUGUGGAGGCUUCACGGUGGGCACCGUCUGCGACCGCUGUCACCGCCACGACAAAUGCGGCGUCCUCGAACCGGCCCACUGCGGGCCAGGUCGGUCGGUCGAGCAGGGCGACGAGCAGUGGUGUUUCGUCGCGCCGUGCCCAGGCUGCAGUUGCGGUUGUAG